AUGUCCUCGGGAUACGGACCGAUCGAAGAUGAGGUUUCUGAAAGAGGUUGCUGUUACAGAUGUGCGCACAGUAAAGCAUGUGAUCCUCAUAGCCGUUUGCAUCGCUACUUGAUGUUGUUCUUUCUAUGCUUCAUGUCGUUUGGAAGUUACUUCUGUUACGACAACCCUGCGGCAAUGCAAGAUAUAUUCCUGAAGGAUGUGCACCUAACAGUCUCUCAGUUCAUGAAUCUCUACGCGUUCUACUCUUGGCCGAACGUAGUUAUAAGCCUCCUGGGCGGUUUCCUUAUCGACAGAGUUUUUGGCGUUCGUUGGGGUGGCAUUAUUUUCUCUCUGGUUAUAUUCGGUGGCCAAUUACUUUUUGGAAUUGCUGUCAUGUUUUCGAGCGUUCCGCUCAUGUACUUUGCAAGAUUCAUCUUCGGUAUUGGCGGUGAGUCGCUUUCAGUUGCCCAAAACACUUAUGCAACCGUAUGGUUCAAACCAAAUGAGCUCAACUUUGUAUUCGGUUUGACCAUAAGCAUGGCGAGGAUCGGCUCCACAGUAAACAUGAAUGUAAUGCAACCACUGUUUUUCCAAGUGGGACGAUCUUUUAACAUAACAGGCCAAGUGCAAGUCGGAACAAGUCUUCUGAUAGCUUCCGUAACAUGUCUUCUGUCGGCCUUUUGUGCCGUUAUGCUGGCUUACUUCUUCAAGAGGUAUGUAUUCUUGUGUCUUUUUAAUCUGCGGUUUCAGAAUUUUAACAUCUUGAUGCAACGCUUUUUGUGUUUUAAGUUUCAGGCUAUACAAGAGAGCUCCCUGGAUGCGAGUACGUCUGCCUCCGGUACUGUCUGCCAAAAACCACCAAAUGACUUGCUUGAGAAUGAUGUGGACGAGUCAUCUCCGCUUCUGCCCUCGUCUCCCACAUCAACAGUGCCACAGCAAGAAGAAACCAUCCGGCUAAUUGACAUCUGCCAUUUUCCACUGGCCAUCUGGCUCAUCUGCAUAAUUUGCGUCUCCUACUACGUCACCGUCUUUCCCUUCGUCAGUCUUGGAUUAGUAUUCUUCGAAAGUGCGUUAGCAGUUUGA